GAUGAGAAUAAAAUCUCUGAGAUACCUGUUUGACCUGAAGUGUGGAGUUAAACUGAUACAACUGCAACUUUCUGUUCUAUUCUGUAUGAGGUCAAGAUGUCCAUUAUACCUUUAACCAGCAUAAUCGCCUGGAUUGUUCUUACUGUGUUUCAUAUUAUUCAGGACAGCAGUUCAGCAGCUGAAAACAUUUCAAAGCAACAGAGCUUCCUACACAAAACAGUGCACGAAAAUGCCCAGCUGGCCUGUGACUUUCCAGCUCACAGAGAAACCAUUACAAAGUUAAAUGCCUAUUUGUUGAAAGGAGUCGGAGAAGAACAACUUUUUGAAGCAAACUGGAACAAUUCCACACUUUUUAUCAAGAUAAACAGUUCUGAAUUAAGCCUGGACAUCAAUAUUACAAAAGAAGAAAAACAUGCUGUGUUUCACCUGAGCAACUUGCAGGUCAACCACACGGACAGUUACAUGUGCAAGAUUGAGGUGAUCGACCCGCCACCAUAUGAAACCGAAAGCAGGAGCAAUUUAAUUUAUGUGAAAGAACCUCCUCCGCACCAAGAAAAGCUUAAUUACAUGAACAUGCCAAUGGCUAUUCCACUUGGAUUUUUUGUUUUCUACAGUCUGAUAAUCACAGCAACCAUUUACUACUGUUGGCUGAAAAGGAAGAAGAAUAGAGUCCUUCAGAAUGAGUAUUUCAACAUGAUGCCCUGGCAAUCAAAUGGACCCAGGAAAAGACCCCCUCAGCAUGGUGUUCCAACCCGGAACUAUACUGCAUACCGUUAUUGGGAACCCUGAUGAAUAAGGUCUUCUUUACGAUGGAAAUAAGAACAGCCUAGCCAUAGCAGAAUGAGACUGUUUUCAAAGAGUUAUAUCAUGUUGUUCAUAGAUCUACAAAGGACAAAAGCCUUCUGUAAGUUAUGUUUCAAGCUGGAUAGGCAAGAGGAUAUUAGCAACAGUAGACUGCAAACAGGGGGAUGUUAGAUCCCCCACGCCAGUUUUAAGCAAAUUAUGGUUCCAACUGCAUUUGUGAACUUUCUACUUUGGCCUUAACAGAAGGUUUAGAAGGAUUAUAUCCAAAUUCUGGCAAAGAGUGAAGGUAAAAAUCAAAGAGUGAAUGAAAAAAAUCAUAUCAAACAGAAAAUGCUGAAUGUAGGGUUUAAACAUAUGCUUAAAAAAUAGGAAGCACCCAGCUUAGUGGGACUGGAGCAGUAAAGAACAUUUUUCUGUUAUAAAAUGAAUGGAUUAGCUGGAAAGGUUUGCAAUACUCUGCAUAACAGUCCCAAUGAACAGAUGACACUUUCUGCUAAAACAAUUAACCUGAAAAUCAUGUCUGGAAGACUUGAAGGAAUAGUGGAAAAUACUGCCAAUAUUUGCAGUGAUAAACAGUUUUCCACUGAUGCAUAAACAAGAUACUGACAAAGAAUUGGACAAACAGUAAUGAAGGGAAAGCCCAAGUAAUAUAUUACUUAUCCAAAUAGUUCUAGUUCCCACUGUAGAAAGUACUUUUCUUUCUUGAUUAUCAGAUACCAAUUGAAUACCAACAUUCUGGUAUGCACAGGGUUCUAUGAUUAUAGCUAAGAUUAAAAGUGUUGCUGUUUUGUUGGAUUCAAUUUCCUAUGUUAAUUAAAUGGGUUCAACAUAGGUUCAAACCAUACUCAAUGCCUGGAUAGCUUUGUGUGAGUUUCAACCCAAUCUAUUUUACAGAGUUGUUGUUGUAGGAAAGGUGUGCAAAACAUGUGUCUAGAAGUCACACUUUUUGCAUCCUUCUGAGCAGAUGUGGUCAUCAUCAGCAACCAUAUUUUGCUCAUUCAAGCAGAAAUGGCACACUGUAAACAUUUAAUACAGUGGUGGGUUUCAAAUUUUUUUUUACUACCGGUUCUGUGGGUGUGGCUUGGUGGGCAUGGCUUGGUGAGCGUGGCAGGGGAAGGAUACUGUUAAAUCUCCAUUCCCUCCCCACUCCAGGGGAAGGGUACUGCAAAAUCCCCAUUUCCUCCUGAUCACCUGGGACUGAGGAGGCAGAGAAUAGAUGUGGGCGGGGCCAGUCAGAAUUUUUACUAUCGGUUCUCCGAACUACUCAAAAUUUCCGCUACCAAUACUCCAGAACUGGUCAAAAGCUGCUGAAACCCACCUCUGAUUUAAUAUAUUACAGAUCUAUGGAUGUAUAAAUCCUCCUUUCUGUUAUAAGCAAUAAAAUGUAUAACAUGACUUAAAUCCUAACAUCUUUCUCUCAUACUAAGCUUAUUUUAAUUCUGUCUUUACAAAUUACAACAAAUUUUUAUUUAAAUUUUUAUUACUAAGUUAUACAAAUUACUUAGUAGAUCAGAAAUAAACCUCAGAGGAGUUGAUUCAUUGUUACCUUAAGAGAAUUGGCUGAUGCAUUAAGUUUGGCUAUUCUUUAAGCAACAUCAAUCAAAAGGACACUCAGGAGGUAUAUAAUGCAUUCACCAUCCCAGCUUAGCACAUUCAUAAUGGACCUGAUAUAAAUAGAUGAUAUUUUUUCUAUGAAAGGAACAGUGUUCCAGUAUAUGUUUUGCUGACUCAGUCUCUUCCAGCAUAAUGUCAAAAAUUCCACUUAUACAGGAUUUUCAAAACUUGUCUUGCCAAAGUUGCUUUUGGAACGGCAUUAACUUUGGUCCCAAAUAAACUUUUUUAUCAUUGUGAAAUGAUGAUAUACUGUAUGUUAAACUGAUAUGAAAUUGCUGUUAAUAUUAAACAGACAGAAUAUUUAGGGGCAGUGACACAUGAGUCUGUUUAUAGAUCAAAAUCUAUAAAGUUGUUCUUUACUUACUUCCUUGGACUUCUUUAGAUCUAAAAUAGUCACAAUGUCUGAUGAAAAACCACAAUGAUAGAGGUUUUUUUCCCCCCUACAGGGCUUCUUUCAAGCUAUCUUUCAAGCAAUCUUCUAG